UUGGAUGGGAAGGAGAACUUUUGCACGGGCAGGAUCAGUGUUGCGCAUUUUCCUCAAGGAGCGAUGAGCUUUUUAUUUGGAAGCCGCUCGUCAAAGACGUUUAAACCGAAGAAGAACAUUCCCGAGGGCUCGCACCAGUACGAGCUCCUGAAGCAUGCAGAGGCCACUCUGGGCAGCGGGAACCUGCGCAUGGCCGUCAUGCUGCCCGAUGGAGAAGAUCUCAAUGAAUGGGUGGCAGUCAACACUGUGGACUUCUUUAACCAGAUCAACAUGUUGUAUGGAACCAUCACAGACUUCUGCACUGAGGAAAGCUGCCCACUAAUGUCUGCUGGGCCUAAGUAUGAAUAUCACUGGGCUGAUGGAACCAACAUAAAAAAACCAAUAAAAUGUUCAGCUCCAAAGUACAUUGAUUACUUGAUGACUUGGGUCCAAGAUCAACUUGAUGAUGAGACACUUUUCCCUUCAAAAAUAGGGGUCCCUUUCCCAAAGAACUUCAUGUCGGUGGCCAAGACCAUUUUGAAGAGACUCUUCCGUGUUUACGCUCACAUCUACCACCAGCACUUUGACUCUGUUAUCCAGCUGCAGGAGGAGGCGCACCUCAACACCUCUUUCAAGCACUUUAUCUUCUUUGUUCAGGAGUUUAAUUUGAUUGAUCGUAAAGAACUAGCACCCCUUCAGGAGCUGAUUGAGAAGCUCACAUCCAAGGACAGAUAAAUCUGCUCUUUCUAUCAGCAUCUUCUCUAGUUUCUGUGUACAGGCAGCCUGGCUUUGUUCUCUCUGUGUUUGACAGGUGUGUGGGAAUGUUUUCCUUUGAGAGUUACCAAAAGGCGGACUCCAAAAAAGCCCUUGAUAAGCCACAGCUCAACUAUAGGUCAAGGUUAUAGUGGAAUUAUACUGUAGUCCUUUUGACGUCGUCUCAAACACAAUCUAAGUGCCUGAUACGUCCACUUUCAAAAUUGCUAGCGUUUGUAUAAAAAGCACUACCAUUGCUAUAAAACUUGCUUUCGACUUUAUUUUAGGAGUACAUAAUAAUUAGCGGUUUGUUAGUUUUUUUCCUCUUAAUGGAUUUAUUUAGAAGUUCAUAGAUUUAAAAAUACUGAAUGAAGCAUUCAUAGAUUUUUCACGGAGAUGAAGAUAAAUAUUUAAGUCUUAGCUUCUCUUAAGUGCUCAUUUUAACUGCUCCCUGUGUCUAAUGACGUAUUUGGGAUUUCCGUUAUCAGUUUCCGUAGUAGUUGAAUUGAGAUUUUAUCCAGCCCUCAGUGAAUCUUUCCUUAUUGUUACACAUUUCACUCAUUAACGAAGAACACUGGGCCUCUCAGUUGGCCUCCCAAUGCUUUUAUACCACUACAUUACUUUUGAAUAAGGAGGCUACUUGUUGUUGAGCCAGUUUUACAGAUUCACUCCCAGAGGUCAGGGGUUUGUCUGUUGGAAGAUGGGAUGAAUGAGCUGACUAUGCAAGAUCAGUAUGUACUAUUAAAUCUAAUUUUCUCAUACAAAUACACCUUUUACAUUCUUUUGCAGAUUCUGUUCACAGAUGUGGACAUUAUAGACGCCUUUAAAAAAAAAAAAGUAUCUUUUUAAUGUGAAGGAUACAUUUUCAAUCUUAAUUUUUACUCCUCCCAGUCUGUAUUAGUGUUUCAAAGAUCCAAAUGAAAAAAUCUUUAAAUUAAAACAAGAUAAGUUAUGAGGUGGUUUGCAAAAUUUGAAUAAAAUC